AUGACCUCCGAACAGACAGGAACCCCGGAAGGAACAUCAGGUUCCGGUUCUUAUUGGGGUCUCCUUACAUGCAGUAAAUCCGGAGACUCCAAAUAUUUGUCAAAGGACUACUUCACAAUCGGUUCUGGGCGUGGUAUUCUUGUGGCCUUUUGUGUACUCACUCUAUCUUCAUAGAAAACGAUCUAGUUCUCCCGUUCUCCCACAUCUCGGACACUCAUUUUGCGCUUACGCAAGAUCCGGAUGGACGGGCCUGGCUUUUUGACCUCAGGUAGGGUCCAGUUACCCGACGCAUUUUAUAGACUUGCAGCCAAAGCGGAGUCUUUCUGAAUGGCGAGUCGGUUUUAAACGACGCCAGAGAGCUCCACCAUGGUGACAUUAUCACCACUCUGAAGGCUGCUAAUGCUAAUUCGGCUGAUGGUAAUUUCAACAAUUUGCCAAAGCCAAAAAAUCUCCAGCCUUCACUUUCUUUCUGCCAAAUAGGGACCAAGAAAACUCAGAGGUAGAGAAAGAGAGGGAGGAGAAGGAAGAUAGGUGUAGGAAGCGGACUAGCGUUGCCGUUGACGAUGAUCCGAACAGAGGCAACUGCGGAGACUCCCCGUGUAAAGAGACUGGAGCCCCUCUCAGCUCGUCUGCAAAACGCCCUAGUUUGUCAAAAAAGGCCUCAGUGGACUUGUGCGACCUACUAACUUGCUCAAUCUGUGACGAAAUUAUGUACGAUUGUGUGAGGUUUGUCUUUUCCCCUGGACACCACAUACCUCCAUAGCAUUCAGCCCUGUCUGCACAGCUACUGCCGACACUGCCUUCUACAGUGGCGCACUAAAGAUAACAUUUGUCCCCUGGUUAGUCAGAAACACAUCUUUUCAGCCUCACUGACUCUUUAGUGUCGCUGCAACAUCCUGGGCUACGGCAAGAAUCAUCAAUUGGGCUGUAUAAUUGAUGAAUAUCUUAAACGUCACCCAGGUAUGCUCUGACCAAUUGAAGCUUCUAUGCGUCCUCUCAGAAUCCCAAAAAUCGGCUGAGGAGAAGGAGGCCAUUCGCCGCACCUUGGACUCCCUGCAGGUAAUUUUCCAUUUGCAAAAUAACUCACCUGUUUCACGCCUUUCAGACUGAAUUGCCGACUGCAAACGAUACUGCCACUGCUUCCAACUCGUCGAACGUUUCUGAUGACUCCUCGAACGAAUCGCAGUCUUCCACGCAUCCACCAUCAGCUCCUCGGGCAGCGUAAGUUGUUGCUCUGCAUCUGGCCUUUGUUCCUCCGUACGCCAACCGGAGUUUCGGUUCAGAUAUUAGCAACCAUGCAAGCACUUAAGAGGUCAAAGUCAACUAAGCCGCGUUUUCAUCAUAAGGCCUUACAGCAACGUACGGCACGGUGGGGCAUCACACCAAGUCGCGUUACACCGACGAAACAGAAGCGCAACCCACCGGAACCCUUCCUCCAAACCAUAAUCUCCCCCCCCCCCUUCCCCGCUCGGACAUGCCAAGACACCACCUUUCGAUGCCCCGUCGUGACUUAGCCUACUGUACGAGCCUGAUGUUGGGUAAUCGUAAACGUACGUUCGCCGUACAUGUUUCACAAACCUACGUUGCACCUACGCCGCAGCCCCUUGGUUUUCGAAUUGUCGUGACUACCUGAGGCUCACCACAAAUUUGUUGGAUAUUUUAUGUUAGCAUUGAAGUAGCCAUCGGCAGGAGGGCUGCUUUCUCCAUUUUAAAGCUGCAGAGCCAGCUGCACUAGUCCCCAUCGAGGCUGGAACUGUGACCAUUCCGUCAUUUCGGCUCUGUUUAUUUGACGACCACCUAGCCCCACGAUACUUAAGACGACCCAGUCUUUUAAGAUUUAGGAGGAGCCUCUUGCCGGAUGAAAGAUAGAGGAGAGAAAGAGGGCCCAUUUGCAUUUAAAACACGCAAAAUUCCGUUCCAGACUCUCUCACCCUUGCCGGUUAGACUUUUCGACCAAUACAUUUAACUAUCUUUGUUAAUUGUAGGCGUGUUGACCUUCCCCCACAAAACUGUGACUGGUGCCAGGCCGUGUUAGCAAACUCUGGGUCCACAUGUAAGUCCGGUCUUUGUGUCUCAUAGUUGGCAUACUGUCCUUACUCACACCCGCCUCAUAUGUGGUCAAGCUAUUCAGCAUAGACUUCUCCAGCAGCGGAGAAGCAUUUUUUCGUUGAAGAAAUAAUUAUUCGCCCCGCCUCCCUGUAAGACGUCCUCUGGUUGGUUCCACCACGCAGAUAAAACUAGCGGAAGGUUUAACGUGUCUGCCGAAGGCUUUGGCGAGCUGUCGUGGGCUAUCGGGCUGACAAAACACAACAACCCAGGUCUACCUUGCACGUCAUGAUUCACCGAGCACAGAACAGCCAUGCGACGCGUCUUGGGAAAUUCUGGUCGUGCGAAACCAAAGAUCGGCACGUCCGUGGCACACGUUAGAGGCUUUCAGGCCACCCUUCUGGUCGACUGACAGGCCGCUGAUGCAUGGGAGGGGAUGCAAGAAAGGGGAAGAGGGAAUAGGAGGACAUCCUAGCGGUCGUGACGAGAUAACUAGAUUCAGCUCACUGCAGUCGCCCCUAAAUGUUACCAUCAGUGCACUUUCUCGUGAGAUCCGAGACGCCCUGAAUAAAACCAAUGUUUGGAGCUAGGAAACAGGUCGUGUGUAUGUGGUACACCCCUGUCCUCGCCUCCAAACGUCCUGACUUCAUCUUGCCACCGGGACGCAGUAGGUAUGGAAGGAGAGAGUGAGUGAGGUGGGUGCGACGAAUGUCUGCUUCACCGCUGCGUCCAAUUCGUUGAGCAUAACUUAGCCUCAUCGUUCACGCUGGUCAAACUAUCAUAUGCAUCCAAGUCUAUAACAGUAUGGUCGUAAUCAAAACGGCCACAAUCAUGCGAGUAAGAUAACAUGAGCAAGAUAGGAUGAAGAAAUCAGAAGUUGGGCUUUAUUCAUCCCAUAAUUAACGUAUGAGAACUAAGGUGUGAAAUAGAACAACAUUUAACGAGAUCGAAUUUGACCAGAGCGGUAAGUCAACAUGACAAGAAGUUGCAAAUGGGGCAGUUUUUAUGCCGGGUUUGUCAAGCGGCUUUGUACGGGGCCUGUUGAUCUGCUGAUCGUCGGUUGUAUCCUGUUCAUCCCUGUUCCGAAUUCUUGGUAGGAGUGUAGACUACUUCGCCAGUGCAUCCAUACAGGUCGAGUUUGCUAGGCUCCCUGACCGACUAAACAAGCCUGUCGUCUUCUCAGUUGUCAUACCAUCAUUACUGCCCUGCAAAAUUGCCGUUUCACUCCCGCGAGCACAAUAACGACGACAAUCUAUUCCAGGUCGUAGUCACAUUGCCUGCGCCUGCUGCAAUCGCAGAAUGCCUUCGCCGGACACCACAAUUGCCGCUAGUCUGCCCCAGUCUACUUGCUGCCUUUGCGCCCGUUCUUUCUGUGCUCUCCUCUGCACCCCACCCGCCACCUGCCUGUGCAAUUCUUCAUCUUGCGUUGGGACCCUUGACGGUGAGUUCCACAGACCGCGUGCCUGCCUUCACUGACUCCGCCCCCCCGCCCUGAUUUUACCUAUGAUCUUUCCCUAUGUACCUGAUCGACAUUAGCACCCAUGCGAGAUUCAAGCCGUCCGUAUGAUACAUGCAGUGGAAACCAGGUCGUGUGUGUGGCACGCGAAGACGGGCUGCUUGGCUUUGUCAGCCACUUCUCCCGUCCCCACCUCCGGCCGUCUUGGUAUUACCUCGUCAUCAGUGCCAUGUGAGUGAGGGUGGAGAAAGAGAGAGAGCGCGUAGAUGCAACGCAAGCCACCACUCACUCCUUGGGGCACGCAGUGGAAGUCGUCGCUUGCGACGGUCCAGCUGUCAUCGCGACGCCUGACUGACGUCCAAAAGGUUGUCGCGACAGCAACCAAGAGAGCACAUAAUUGCGUUCAGAAUACAACGUGAUUGGAGUGGGGGAAUAGUCUUAAAAUUGCAGAUAAACGCGUACCAAGCAGGUGGGAUCCGGCCGCCCAGUUUACUGGCUAGCACUCGUCCGCUGACGUGGUAGGUGAGGCCUUUGUAAACCCCAUAAUGGCGUAGUCGUAUCUGUGGACAAUUUACUUGGUAGCAAAUGCCCUAUUAUGUUUGUGCCUAAUCUUUCGUACUCCAAACUCGGUCAUGUCUGGUCCAGCCGACCUUAGUUACAGUAGGUGGCGUAUCACAUGAAGUGCCAACCGAAAUUCAGAAAUAUGUUUUUCGUUAGAUAAGAUUACUCAGAUGCGGUUGUAAUACUGAUUGUCAUGCAGCAAAAUCCCAAGAUAUUUCGGUCAAGCAUGGAUGCAAGCUUUUUAACGCGCUUUCCCCGGCCGUCUGCAUAAACUACACUCUGUCGAAGAUGACUUUUUUAAGUAGUACGAUUUCCUGAUUGGUUCCCGAUGCCUUUGUAGAUUCAGCUAUAUUUUAUAGAGAGCAUGCGCAUAAAUAUCCUCAUUUGGCAGCACUUUAAGUCUUCUUUGAAUCUUUUAUUCAAAGAAGGGGUAUCUUUCGGGCCAAGCAUGAUCACAACCGUAUCAAGUACAAAUAAAUACAACGAUAGACCAGUUUCAAAAUUGUUGGAGAAACUAGAUAAACGUCUUAAAAGCGAACGGUAUCCCUUCUUCGACAUCAGCAUUUGAAUAAGACGUAGUUUCCUACAAAAUGAGUGCAAUAAGAGGUAUUUUUCUGCAUUUUCUAGAAAGUUUGUUUUAAUUUGUAAGUGCAUCGUAGCUCAAACGGUAGAAUUCAUACAACUUGAGUAGCCACCUUUAUCAAGUAUGGUUUUUGCAGUCGGUCAGAAGAAUGCUCAAUCAUAAGCCAGCAUCCUGAACUGGCUGAAUAUCUUAGGAUUAUGUUGCACGAUAUUCACCAUUAUAAGUCCGCCUGAGUAACCCUAUUCGUAAACAAAUCUUCAAAUUUCGAUUAAAAUACGCCAACUACUGUACGUCUCGUGUAGCGUCCUCCCAUACGACUCUGAGCCUGGUGAACCGGACGAAGAGCAUGUCUAAACCACCUCAACCGCCCUUAUUGGAUAGUCGAAGAUGCCUUUGUAACGCUGCGCAUCGACCAGGGGCCACUUCACCCACAGCAAAGUUGAUCCCACACUCAAAGGAUCGUCCCCUGUCAGUGGUUGUCAAAAGCUGCCACACCCCUUGAUCCACAACAAACACUUGACCAGGAUUUUAAACCAAAAGUGGGGGUACGGCAGGAAUCCCAAUUGGCGUGACGUGAGCCUGCAACCGGGUCUGCCACUGCACCCCGAAUGUUGGCAUUUGUUAUGGGUGUGCCUACCGGACUCCGAUCCAGCCGGCUGUGCUGGUCCAACGUGGACCGUUUUGGGGGCACAAGGCGACCGACCAGUGGACGUUUCGCCUGUUGGGAAGUUUUCACUGGCAAAGACACGGACACUGGAAUGGUCAUACCUGGCGCAUUUGCAGUCAUUAGCUCGUGACAUCGCAAUCCGACACCCGACAUGUGGACCACGAGUUAGUUGAUCGUCGAACGAUGCUCUCGGUCUCUAUGGUAAGGAACCCGUGUCAUGUUGGCUGAGAUCGGCCAUAUUUGGCCGCUUGAAAGUGGUGUGCACCGAUGUAUCCUGAAUGCAGGACGGACCACACUGAAACAGACACAGGGACCAAAUUAGACUACGGUACGCGUUAACUAGGCCGCGCAGAAUCGGCGCAUUUCAUAACAAAUUGUGCGCAUUUGGAGGGGCGGUGGCAGGACUGGGUGAAGCAUUCACGCCACACCAGCCGUUUUUAUCCAACUCCAAAAUCAGGCGGCCAACUGACUUGGACUGGUGCAUGAGAGGAUGAAGAAAAAGUGAGAUAGACACUACGAAAUCCUCUCGCGCAGCAUCUCAGCCCAUUUCUCACCGUAAAAAGGUCUGAUCCGCAUAAAACUAUCACGACGCACGCAGUCCUCAGGACUCAUUAAGGCUCAUUUUGAAUGUGGCUUCGAUGGCGGUUGCACUUAAAUGUGACCUGGGCCGCUCCUUGCUCCUGUAAAAACCCGGUUCAUUGCUCGCGGAUUAGAUCGGGCUUGACAUGCGUAGCAAGGCCGUGUAGCUUUGUAAGCUGCUCUAUCCGAACCCUCUGGUCCCCAUGACGUUGUAUUACCACUGGACCAAGGCGGUAGAUUGAGGAGCGAGUGCGGCAGAUGCUGCGCAAGCCUGCAAUCAGUAUAAAUUAAUUCACGCCCAAGUCACUCCCCCCCUCCAUUCUUUGCGCUGUGCGGCGCAGGGCGGAGUUCGCCGUUCGCGACGUCGGACUGCCGUAUGUCCUUAUCUACUAGUUUAACCACCAACCGUUUGUAGUCCUCAAAUUAACUGGGUUUGGAUGCCUCUACUGCACGCAAAUAUGGGCGACUUUUCUUUCUAAUCUCAUUUUUUCGACUCACAGACCUUCGCGUGGAACUGCCUCUCCCGAACCCACUGCUUUUGUGGAAUCCUGUCGAAUCGAGCUUUGUUUUGGUGAGUUACUGGUACUAAUGUUAAUUUUGUCCUUCCCGUGGAUGCUCUGUCAAGACUGAGAAAUACUGUCUUACCACCCAAUUGGUGAAUCCGUUAAUAUUUCUUGCCCAAAGACGUAUAGACGAAAUCUCAUGAAAUGUUGACAAAAAUUCCGAAGUGUUAGUUCAGAUAGCAUAAUGACUCCUUAUGAAGUAUACAAGGUAGCCCACAUCUGUUGCUAGCUUUUAUGCACCUAUAAGUAUUCUUAUUAGAAUAUUUUAAACUCUGGUUUUCCCUAGAUGGAAUUUUCAGGGUAUUGAGAGCCUUUUUUCAAAAAGUUUAAGAAGUCGCGACGGGUUCUCGCCGUCAAGGAGGCCCAAUUCGUCGAUACAAGGAUACCCUGAAGUCCUCCCUGAAAUGCCUGCAAAUCAACCCCACCAACUGGGAGGAGCUCGCACUCGAUCGACCGACCUGGAGGAGGACAGUGAAGACAGGCGCUGCGAUCUACGAAGCCAACCGCAUCGCUGCCGCCAAAGCGAAACGUGAAGCCCGCAAAUCACAACUUCGCCCAGUAAGCAACGCCGCCGCACAACCGCUUCCAACGUGUCCUCGAUGUCAACGGACAUUCCGGGCUCGAAUCGGACUUGUUGGACAUCUUCGGAUUAACUGCGCCUCUCGAACGGCACCAACCAUCGUCCCCCCGCCUGCCCUCCCUCCUCCUCUCCGCCGCCAACUAACCCACCACUUCCAUCAUCCUCCUCAUCCUCCUCCUCCUCCUCGCCCACUGCUCCAACGGCGGUCGCUCAGGCGACUGUCCCACGCACAGCAACCGACACUACCACCACCUUCCCCGACUCCAGGGAUGAGGAUCAGGACUACACCUGCCCUCACUGCGACCGUACUUUCACCUCACACAUCGGCCUGGUCGGUCACUUGCGAAUCCAUCGCACAGAGCCUGGCGAACCAGUGCCUGGAGCACUAACCUACACCCACCGCACUCGCCUCCACUGCCCACACUGCCCUCGCACCUUCACGCAUCGCAUGGGCCUUUUCGGCCACAUGCGCAUCCACGAGAGCGGCCUUGACCGCACUCCCGACACACCCACUACAUCCAGCACAUCCACCGUGCACACCCCCACUCUCGUUCCAUCCGUCCGCGACACCACCACCACCACCACCACCGCCUCCUAUGUAGCUGACACCGACACCGCCGACUUCUCAUGCCCACACUGUCCACGCACAUUCACCUCACGCAUCGGCCUGGUCGGUCACUUGCGAAUCCAUCGCACAGAGACUGGCGAACCAGUGCCUGGAGCACCCACCUAUACCCACCAAGCUCGUCUAAACUGCCCACACUGUCCUCGCACUUUCAGGCAUCGCAUGAGCCUAUUCGGCCACAUGCGCAUCCACGACGACCUGCGGUAGACAACCGCCGGCCACACCACACAUUCACUCACUCCCUACCUCCUCCACCACCACCAUCACCCCACCAGAAAUCAACACUCACACACCUCAUGCACCCAACUGCCAUCUCUCACGCAAGUGGGAAGUGUGCAUCUCGACUCGGUCCCCAUGCGGCUUCGGCUGCACGGGUGACUUGAGUCCGAGGCUAUCCCGACACGUCAAGUGUCGUGGAUAGGAAGGUUGCUGAUUGAGGCCCGCUCUCGGUUCACGCAGUUCGUCGCGUUGUGUGUGUGUGUGUGUGUUGUGUGUAGUGGUGGACUGGUGGGCUGGGGACGAGCUGAAACAGCACCUUUCACGGCCCUCUCACGCAAGUGAGAGACACGCCGUUCAACCCCGUUGUGUGAAAUCCUGGUGUUUGUGUGUGUAUGGGGGGCCAGGUCGUGCUGUGGCGCGCGCAGACAUGGUCAGUCGACCAUGUCAGCCACCGCGCCCAUUCCCCACUCCAGUCUUCUGACCGGCUCGGACAGCGGCUGGGGUGUGGGGAUGGGAAGGGAGAGUGAGGUCGACGACUCAGCGCACUUUCUCCUCACUAUAAACAAUCUGACGCGCUUGAAGCUAUCACGGUGCGCUAAAAGCCGUGGCUUGGAAGGUUGCCAACUGACGGGGUACCUUGGACCUCCUCCUUCACUGGAGGCGGUCUGAGAGUCAGGCUGCAAUGGCUCCUUUUUAAUGUGGCCUUUAUGGCAUUCCCACCACAGUGUGGGAUCCGAGCCAGGCGUUGGCGGCACGCCCAGGUGCGGCUUCGGCCGUGCCAGCCUCCAAAUCUCUGUUGUGUUGGUUGAAAUCCUGGUUAUUGCUGUGUGGACCAGGGGGUGUGGUGGAACGCCAAGGUGAGGAUCCGUCCGAGCCAUCCACCUGCGGCCUCCCUCGUCUCCGGUCUUCUUGACUCUGUCUUGACACCGGGUCCAGGCGGGGGAGGAGGAGAGAGUGUAGGUAGAUGCUACGCACGUCUACCGGCACUAUAAACCCCUGCGUAAGUCACAGUCCCUGCUCCCAUUGCUGCUGCAACUGUGGGGCACACGGUGGACAUCAUCGAAACCGAUGGUCGAACUGUCAGCAACCUCCGCCGACGCCGUAACGCCACCACCACGGACAGGAUGGUGAUCAUGCACCAGCCGUCGCAUUACGUCCAGCGGCACCCACCUCCACACAGUGAAUAAAUUCACUCAUUUGGGCAGCACAUUCGCGCGGCACCAAAAUCGAUAAUGAAGUUGCGCACCGGAUCUCCCAAGUCAGCCGGAGGUUCCGCCGGCUGCAAGCCUUGGUGUGGGGUCGCCAUGGUUCCGUCUCACUGCCAAGGUGGAAAUGUUAAAGUUUUAAUCUUGGAGUGGGCACCUGGACAGUUAACGAGAAACAAGUGAAGAAACUUAACCACUUCCCUUGUUUAAUUUCCGAGGAAAUUAAUGCGCGAACUUGGAGUAACUCUUUCGAAACAGGCCUUUUCAGGCACGGUCCGAAAUUUGAUAUGAAUAUUUGAGCUGAAAUCCAUCAGCUACUGCGGAAUAACCGCUUAGUACGGUAAAUUAUUGCACAACGUUAACCACUUCCACCUCGACUGCCUCCGAGGAAUGCUUAAGCUGACAUGGAAAGACAGGAUUUCAUACACUGUAGUCCUUAUGUUAUUACCGACAAAGACAAGGGAGACUGGAAUGGCCAUUUCUGGCUUAUUAGCCGUCGUCAGCCAGUCAUGCCCAACCCCGAAUUGUGAAAUACCUGAGACUCGAACUCGCGACCUGUUAGUUAGAAGUCCACGUUUCUAACCACUGGGCCACGAGCCCGUUGCCCUAUCGGUUUCAGUAGUCCUUGGAAGAACCAGAAUCCUCAGCAUUCACGCCCUGUUGAUGCAAAUUCAACUGCACUGAAGCGGCCACCUCGCGAGGAUGGAUGACGAGCGUCUGUCCAAGCGGCUCUUUCACGAUGGUUUCAUUACGGGUGUUCGUCGAUAAGGAAGACAAAACGGACGCUACAAGGAGACACCUCGAAGAACUCUCUCAGGCACAUACUAAUCUACCUGGUGACCUAGAAAGACCUUAACCAGGACCGACUGGCUUGGAAAAGAGCUUCGAAGGCAGGAAUAGCAAUUUACAAAGCAAACUGGAUCGCCGCUGCCAAAGCCGAAAGAGCAGCUCGCACGCCUCAAGCUUCUCUGACCCACAAAAUGAAGACCUAACUUCCUCCAACAUGCCCACACUGCCAACGAACAUUUCGCGCAUGGAUCAACCCCGUCGUUCACCUCCGAACCCGUUGCAAAAACAGUGCGACAACUCCAUCUGCUGCCGCCUCAAAUACUUCCUAUCGUCACCGUUGUACCAACUUUCACCGCAUCCACGACAACAACUACUAUAAUCGCCACCUAUGACUACACUCCUCUUACCUCGACGCCUCAGCUGACGUUGUCGACCCUUACCGCUUUAAUCCCCUCCGCAACGUCCGUAACGGCUAUUACUAUCUCUCCAUCUCCCGUCAAGCACCAUCAGAAGUGUGGACUGGACCUCAACCUGUCUUUAUUACGAUCACACCUUUAUUUCACACGUCUGCCUGAUCGGUCACUGAGGCCUUCAAAGUCCCAAAAUACACUCGUCGCAUCCGCCUCCACUGGUCGCACUGCCUACGCACAUUCACUUACCACAUGAGCUUAUUCGGCCACACGUGUUACACCACAGCCGAAUUCACCGCAAUAUCGGCUCGCCCAGCACACUUUACAACCCAGCAACUCUGCCCCUCCAACGCGGCGAAUAGCGGCAGCAUCACAACCACGAUUGACUCAGCAGCUCUCCACCUAUCCUACCCAUACUGUUACCGCACAUGCGCGUCGAACAUCGGCCUGGUCGGUCACUUGCUAAUCUAUCCCACAGAGCCCGUCGAGCCGGUGCCUAGAGCACCAACAUACACCCACGUCAACUGCCCGCACUGCCCACGCGAAUGAAUCCAUGGCGUGGCCCUACUGGGCUACAUGCCCAUCCAAAAAAAGCCUGUGACAAAAUGCCGCCGGCCAAACUUCAUCAUCACCGACAACACACGCACCACAAACGAAUCUUUAUGUCGUUAUCCACCAGAAGCAGGGAAACGGCACCUCUCAUGCAAGUAGGAUUCAUGCUAGUUGGCUUCUCCUUCGUGUGGCCCUUCUGCUAAUCUAUCGUCACGUUUGAUCCGAGCAACCCACCCGCAUUCUGUGAAAUCAUGGUGUGCUGUGUGGCAGGCAGGGUCGCGUAUGUGGCUCACGCAAGCGGGCUGUUUAGCUUCAUCAGCCACUACGACCGAUCCCGCAACCGGUCAUCUUGAUUCUAUCUUGACACCGGGUUCAGGUGUUUAAGGGGAGAGUGUGGUAGAUGUAGCGAAGAUCUGCUAUCACUAUAAACAAAUUCACGUGCACGUCACCUUACCUGCGCCCUUCCUUCUGUGGAGCACACGGUUGACAUCGUUGAGUCCGACGGUCGCACUUUUGUUAUACCUGAUGUGUGCGGGGACAAUAGAUUUAGCGAAAACGCUCGUUGGCCAAUUUAGAAAAUUAGUUUCGGAUCGUGCAUGCACGUUUUGGUAAUUUCUUAUCAGGCCAACACGAUCAUAUGACUCCUUUUAUGCCCAAGUAGAAGCGUGCUGAAAAUUUCGAUUGGCUGGAUGUCUUUUCCGAGCCAGGAGGAGUGGGUCCACAUCUCCGACAGGCAAUUUCGAUCGGUCGCCGUACUACGACCACUUUUUGGGCACAGCAACUGCGCCAAGUUGCGUAAUCAGUCUUCCGGGCUACUGGGCGCUGCUUCCCUGAGUUGAUAGUUCAACAGUAUUUGGUAGAGUGCCAGAAAGAUUGGAAUCCACAUAAAAUCACAACUUACUCUGCUUAUCGGACGUAGGACCGGGUUUGAGGGGGGGAGGGGGGCCUGUGAAAGUGGACACUCAUUUCACCUCUUUGUGCAACCGGGUGCCAAACCCGUGAAGACGGGUUGCCCGUUAGUCUAGCUGCUGGCUACCCGGCGCGUCCGCCGGGUUUUCUCAAGUCUUCGGAAAUGCCUAUGGAAUCGAUGUGACCUUUCCAUCGCCACUACGGUUGUGAAUGCUGGGCUUUGCGCCUGGAGGACGAGCGAAAACAGGAGGUAUUUGACCACCACUGCUUGAGGGCCAUCCUUCGAGUGAAGUUCACCGACUUCGUCUCAAGUGAUACAGUCCGCGCUCGCUGCGACAACAUCGCAAGUAUAACUCAGGCCAUCCAAGAAAGACGACUGAAGUGGUUCGGGUACGUUCUUUGUCGUCCAUCUCAGGAGCCCAGUGUUACUGCCCUCGAUCCGGCACCGUUGCCCCAUUGGAGGCGUGGAAGAGGGGGUCGGUUCAAAACCUGGUUCGACAGAGUUCGUCAAGACAUGGAGGUGGUUCUUGGACCUUCGGUAUUCGGUCUACGUCGUUGGCUAAAGGAAUGGGUUGAGCUGUCCAGAUCUGCUGCCGCGGAUCGUCACGCGUGGAGAGGUACAGUUUGUGACAUUAUCGAGGCCGGCUAGAUCAGGCAUGAUCGCAGCCGUAUCAAGUGUAAGUAGUAAGUAAGGCGGACUUCACUUAAUUUCUCCUCGCGUAUAGCCAUUUCUUCUACCUUUGUAGGCAAUGUGGCUACUCGUGGGUGUGACUUUUCGCAAGGCCCAUUGUUUGCCUCUUCUCCCGGUUUUUAAACUUUGCGGUAUUUUUUGCUUAUUACGGACUGGCCUUGUGGUCGCCUUUCUGCGCAUGCCUCAUCAACUACGUAUGACAUUCAUGUGUUGUUAAACGACUGUUUAACAGGCCUACCUGGCGCGACAGAACAUCGCACAUCAGGACUUCCUGGCGAUCCUGCUGCAGAACCUACCCACGCUGACUUCUCACCGAUUCAACGACGGACUGAAUGAGGACUCUCUUGCCACGGUAGAUUUGACGAGCAAGAUGUGCAGGGCUUGCCGUAGGUCCUGUCUCAGCAGACUCGUCUACGCCUGGCGUCUUAACCUGCCCCAGGCCGCAGUUAGUCAGAACUGGCCGCAUCGACCCAACUGCUACUACGGUCGUAAUUGUCGAACUCAGGUCAGCAGUUUGACGCACGCUCAACGGUACAACCACUGCUGUGAACAGACACGUUUCACCUAG